AACGUUUACAUCUGUGACCAAUGACCAGUGUGACCUAAAAAAACAAUAAUAUAUUGCAUUUUAUUUGCGUACGUAAAUUUGAAAUAUUACAAUUCUAUUCUUACAAAUUUUUCAUGAUGUCCAAAUAAUGGAAAAUUUCAAUUCUUCAUUUUCAUAUAAAUAAGAAUAUCGUUUUGUGAACGAACUUAAAGAAAUCAAGAACAUGUCCAAUUCAACCGCAUUAGCAUCUCUAACAGCAAUCUAUACAGAUUCUGAAGGUGAAGAAGAUAGAAGUGAUGAAGAGAACAAACAAAAUACGAAUUCAGAAAAUGCAAGCUGUUCUCCCACUGAAUUUAGAGCAAUAUCUAUUCCAUCUAGUCCAUCUGUAGCUCCAGUCAGAGUUACAUCAACAGUGGCAAAAUUAGUCUCAUAUCAUGAUGACACUGUUGUUUCGGAAGACGAAAAUGAUAUAGAUGAGGAUGUACCACCACAUGAAGUUAUACUUUUAACGGAUGAAACUCAAAAUACGGAAGAAGAACUCGCUGAAGAUGGAGUUACCAUACCUCCGGAACCUCCAGGAAAUUGUUCAGCUGAUUUGCAAGAUAAAAUAGCGAAAUAUUAUGAAAGAAUGAAGAAUGAGAAAUUGGAUAUGAAUGCAUUCAUUGAAAAAAGGAAGGAUUUCAGAAAUCCAAGUAUAUAUGAAAAACUGUUGCAAUUUUGUGCUAUUAAUGAAUUAGGUACAAAUUAUCCACCUGCAAUAUUUGAUCCUUUGAAAUGGAGUAAGGAAUCAUAUUAUGAGGAACUUGCUAAGGUUCAGAAAGCAGAAAUUGAGAAAAGAGAAAAGGAACGAAAAUCAAAGGAUUUCACAAUUAGCAGUAGUUUGAAAAAAGAAGAAGAUUCUAAAAAACGGAAAAGUAAAUGGGAUCAACCUGGUGGUAACAAUCCUACUAAUAUUAGGCCAGCUGGUUUAGUUCAACCUCCUACUCUUACAACAAGUGCUACAGGUACAAAGAGCACAGUAAUAUCUGCAUUUGGAUCACUACCAAAGAAACCUAGGCCAUAAAAUUUUGUUGAUUUGUAUUCUCGUUUUGUAAAAAUUGUGAAUAAAAAAUAUUUUAUACAUUAGUUCUGAUUGACGUGACAAUUGAAUUUAAAACUAUGUAAUCUUCUUAGUAAGUGUCUUAGUGCACACAAAAAUCAAUUUUUCCCAAAUCAGUAGAUAAAAAUAUUGCAUCCAGAAUAUUAAAAUUUGUGCAAAUCGAUAGUUUUAUUCCACUCUGGGUAAGAAGUCAGAAAGUAAAGGCAAGAAAACCACCGAUGUAAUGACGCAGGACCUAUUGUGCAGUUAUUAAAAUUCAUGACAUUUUUUCAAAAGAUUGCGUAUGUAGAUUUUUGCUUAUUUUGAGACAACUCUCUUCAGGAAACUCCUUUAAAAAUAAUAAAUGCAAUCUUUAAAAAUUCGAUUGUCCUUACCUAUAUGUUGCUACCAAAUCAUGACAAAUUUGCUUAUUCACAUGCCUACUUUUCCUGAUUAUUAUAUCUCAUAUACUCGUUUAAAAAUAAUAAAUGCAAUCUUCAAAAAUUCGAUCCUUUUUGAUAUAUGUCCUUACCUAUAAUGUUGCUACCAAAUCAUGGCAAAUUUGCUUAUCCACAUAGCUACUUUUUCUAUCUUUUUCGUAUUGAAACCAUCACAUUGAAACAAAUGAAAGUUACACCUUGAUUUAUUUCUUUGAAAUUAAAUACAAAAACUGUAUAAUAAAUAUGCAAUGAUACAAUUUGAAAGAACUGACUAGAGGAACUUAACUUCCUAUCAUGUCUACCUCCACAUUUCGAUGCUUAAAACUGAAGAAUAUCUGUAUUUUGUAUAAUCUCCCUGAAAAUUCCAAAUAUAAAAUUAUUAUAUAGACAACUUUUCCCAUCAAUUUGUGUAAAGUCCUUGAAAUGAAUACCAGAAGAUUAUCAACAUAAUUCACAAAGGAGAUUUUCACUGAAUGCUCACUUGAAAUUAAUGGAAUUUGCAUUAGGAACACACAAAACUAGAAGGUAGAGUAUUCACUAUAUCAGACAUAAUAAAUACUUCGAAUCGUCUAAUUAACGAACUUGUCUGUAUUUACAUAUUUCAUAAAAUACAUAACACACAUUAUGUAUUCAACAAUUACAAAUAAUUUAGUACCCGGAACAUACAUCUUUCAACUACUGAUUAUUAACAAAGAUCUAAAGCGUUAUGUACUUUAUGUUGAUUGGUUGAAGUCAUUCUCAGCAACUUGGAGAAAAUUCCCUUGAAAACACUGUUGAAAAUUAAAAGUCGUAAAUGGUUUGGUAUCAUGAUAUCCAAUGUAUAUGCAAGUAUAUAUAAUUUUUUGAAAAAUAAUUCUACUUUUUUAUGAAACAGCAAAAGAGAUUUAAUUAAAAAUUGUACAAAUAACAAUCUUUGGUUAGUUACAAUAAAUGUUUGUUAAAAAGAGGUUCUCCUACAAGUAGAUGCAAUGCAAUGACUUACAAUAUAAUUUUUUAACUAUUUCAAUUUUGGAAUAGAAAUUGUAGCCUAGUAGUUGGUUAGUUGUUUGAUUACAUAAAUGUUGAAAAAAUAUUAAAUUUCUCUUAAAAUAUAAAUGAAUAAAACGAGGGAUGCAGAAUCUAGUCAGAUAAUUCUGUGCUGGACACUAAGGUUGAAAUUAUGUUAAUUGGUCCUUAGUUAAGAUCUGUGAUAAUUAUUGAACAAUUAUCAAUGAUUUAUAAUGUUUGAUCUGGUUAUUUCAUCACCUACUUCUCUGUGAAAACAAUUUAAUUUUUUCAUUUGUUCGAAUGAGGUUUAGCUCAAAUUUGUUAUUUAUUUAAUGAUUAUUAAAGUUAAAUUAUGAGCCACAUUUUCAAACUUGUUCCAAAAUUUAUAUUGUUGUAAUUGAUUUAAAAUCUGUGAGAAAAACAAAUUUAUCCAUCAGAUUCCACAGGAUACAUACAGAUAAAGCAGUGUAACAUUACUUUGUGAAUUGUUUCAGAAGGAAAAUGCCGUUUUAUUAUAAUAAAAAAGGGUAUAGAUACAAAAUACCAAGGAAUGUUUACAUAAAAUGCAUCAACAUUGUUUUCUUGUACAAGGAAAAAUAAAAUGACUAAGCUACAAAAUGUACUGAAGCUACUGUUUAAAGCGCCAUAUAUUUUUAUUUACACAUAUUUUAAUGUACGUACGAUUCAAUCAAGUCUAAGUUGAUAGGGUCCAUUUAUACCUGAAUUGAGAACAUCAUCUUUAAAAUUAAGUUCAUCGGAAUUGAAAAUACGAUGAAAAUAAUUUUUUAUAAUGAGAACAGUGAGUGUACGAAUGCAGAAGACAUGAAGAUUUCCAUGAAAACUCUUUUGGCUACAGAGUUGUAACAAUAAAAUGAGAAAAUAUUUUUUUUGACAAAUCUGAUAACAAUUAUGAAUAUUCCACAUGAUCUUUUUUUAAUAUACUAUGUAUCCCUAAGAGAAAAUGUAUUUUCACAUCCAGAAUAUUUUCCAAUUAUUGUUUACACUCAGCCAGUCCAAAAGACUUACUUUCCAUUUCACUCAGACUUACUCAAAGAGAUUACGAUAUUAUUAAGAUGAAGGUUUUUGAGCGAAAGUCGUGUGUUUAAAACAACAUAACAUACAAUACAUUAAUUUUUGGUAACUUAAUCUUAUAAAUAUAUGAUAUUUUAUAGAGAAAAACUUUUCAAAUUGAUUAAAAUAUAAAACGAAUAAUAACACAACAAUUACAGCAGCUAUUUUUAUAAUUCUUGAAUGGCACUGGUUUAGAAAUGAUUAAUAGCCUUAACAGGAAAACUUUCAUAGGUAAAUGUUUUUUCAAUGAUGGUAAAAUAUUUACUUCUGCCUCUUCAAACCAUCUAUGCAUAGAAAAAAUGUGCUAUGAUUUCUAUCUCCAUCGAAAGAAGACAGUUCUCAAUAUUAACCGAUAAUGAAGAAAAUCACGUUUUUUAAUCUUUGGAAUACUUUUUAUCCUUAUACUAUAAAAAUCAUGGAACCGUCAUCUUCUGUGAAGUGAGAAAUGAAUAUAACACAAAACUACAGCAUCAAAACA